AUGUUCAUAGAUAAGAAGCCUAGGCUAUGUUCAUCGGGGAAGGCUAGUGUAAUCCUAUUAUUAUCGAAACCGAAAAUGAAAUAUUAGGCUAUAGGCUGUAGCUUCAUUAUAAUGGGACAAUAAUUUGUCUUAUAGUUUUCUAGUGCAUUACCACCGACAUUUCGCACAGGCUACCGCUUGAAAGCAGUUUUGCAUACCAUAAAUAGCUCGUGAGCACCGUUAGCCUUGUAAACAAACCUCACCUCUCGCAAUGUGCGAGAUUUGAAGCUAUUGAUCGGCGCCUUGACAAUGAAGGAGAGAGUAUGGUUAAAUGUGAUUGUUUUCAACGCAAAGUGUAACAACGUUUCUUUACAGUGGGCCACAAAUAGCCUUUAUCUACGAAAAUUAGAUGUCAAAGUGAAAUUGCGGGGGACAAAGGAAGUCAGAACUUGGCCUAAUGACAUUCACGAGGACAAAGAGAGAAUGGAAACCCUUGGAGGAUCGAAGUUGCACGGAUAUGCCGUGGUUCCUUUUAUUUACUGUAUUCUGCGUCGGAAUGGGGAGUAUCUUUGGGUUCACCAUUGCCACGGGGGGCGCAGCCCGCCUGGUCUUCGGAUAUGACAGCUACGGGAACACCUGCGGCCAGCGCAAUGAGCAGAUUGAAGGGGUCAGACUGAGUGGACUGGAUCAGACGGACAAAAAAUAUGUGUUCUUCCUGGACCCGUGUAACAUUGACAUAGUGCAGAGGAAGAUCAAGUCUAUGGCCCUGUGUGUGUCCGUGUGUCCUGAUGAAGAGCUGAAGACGUACCAGGACCUCAAGCGGUUUGCCAUGCACAACGGGUCGGAGCUGUGCUCCUACGAGCUAGCCGGCCACAAAUAUCCCAGCCUUCCAGAGAGGUUUGACAAAUGUCCCAAACUUCCAGUUCCACCAAGCAAAUCUCUCCCGGUGUUUAACCGCUGCACGCCGGUGGACAUCUCCUGCUAUGCCAAGUUUGCAGAGGCUGUGGUGACGUUUGUGAGUGACAACAGCGUGCUGCACAGGCUGAUCGCUGGUGUGAUGGCCAGCAAGGAGAUCAUCGUGGGCCUCUGCCUGCUGGCACUAGUUCUCUCCAUGAUCCUGAUGGUGAUCAUCCGCUACAUCUCUGCUGUGCUGGUCUGGAUCCUCACUGCCACGGUGGUCCUGGGCUCUCUGGGGGGCACAAGCAUCCUGUGGUGGCUGUACAUAGACCACCGGUUAACUGUCAACGAGACCCUAUCUAAAGAGACUGUAGAUACUGAAGAUGCUAAGGAGGAAGCUGAGAUGUCCAGGGACAAAGCCCAGGCGCUGCUGGUGUAUGCCAUCGCUGCCACCGUAUUCACAGUGAUCCUUCUCCUGCUGAUGCUGUUCAUGAGGAAGCGAGUGGCCCUGACUAUUGCCCUGUUCCACGUGGCUGGCAAGGUGUUCAUCCACCUGCCGCUGCUCACCCUGCAGCCCUUCUGCACCUUCCUGGCCCUGCUCCUCUUCUGGCUCUACUGGAGCCUGGUGCUGCUCUUCCUUGGGACUACCGGGAACCCGGUCCAGAACGAGGAGACGGGUCUGACAGAGUUCCGGCUGACUGGGCCUCUGCAGUACAUGACGUGGUACCACGCUGUGGGCCUCAUCUGGAUCAGUGAGUUCAUCCUGGCCUGCCAGCAGAUGACUGUAGCUGGGGCUGUGGUCACGUACUACUUCACAAGGGACAAGAACAAGCUGCCGGUGACGCCCAUCCUGUCGUCAGUGUUGAGGCUGAUGAGGUACCACCUGGGCACCGUGGCCAAGGGCUCCUUCAUUAUCACCCUGGUCAAGAUCCCACGCCUCUUCCUCAUGUACGUCCACAACCAGCUCAAGGGCAAGGAAAAUGCAUGUGCUCGCUGCAUGUUGAAGACCUGUAUCUGCUGCCUGUGGUGUUUGGAGAAGUGCCUCAACUAUUUGAAUCAGAAUGCGUACGCGGCGACAGCCAUCAACAGUACCAGUUUCUGUACGUCGGCGCGCGACGCCUUUGUGAUCCUGGUGGAGAACGCUCUGAGGGUUGCGGCCAUCAACGCUGUUGGAGACUUUGUCCUUUUCCUUGGCAAGAUCCUGAUCGUGACUUCCACAGCGUUCGCCGGCGUACUGCUGCUUAACUACCAGCGGGACUACGCAGAGUGGGUCCUCCCCCUCAUCAUCGUCUGCCUCUUUGCCUUCCUGGUGGCCCACUGCUUCCUGUCCAUGUUCGAGAUUGUGGUGGACGUGCUCUUCCUCUGCUUCGCCAUCGACACCAAAUACAAUGACGGCACACCGGGCAGAGAGUUCUACAUGGACAAAGCCCUGAUGGAGUUUGUGGAAAACAGCAGGAAGCUGGAGCGGGUGGCGGAGCGAGGGCGGAGCCGGCCCACUGAGGUGGUGUCGGUGGAGGGGGCGGAGAUGAAGCCCAUGGCUCCAGGAACAAGUUCAGCUUGACCAAAAUCACCUAAUGGGACUUUUUAAAAAGACAUUCCAAAAUGUUUAUUUUUACCAAUGUGUAACAUGUUUACUAUGGUUUCACUCCAGGGAAUACAAUAUUUUAAUAAGAAACUGUAAAAAAAAAAAAACGAUGUAAUGAAGCACUUUAUAUUGAAGCCCUGCAUAUUUUAAAAGGCUGAUGCAUUUUUCGUAGUGAUGUCCUUUUUUAUAAGACUAAAAAAAUAAUUGCCAUCUAGUCGAACACACAGUACUAAAAUGUAUUGAAACACUUUGGGUUGGACAUUUGUCAUGCAAUGAUAUAGCACUUAGAUGUGUGUUUUUAAUCAACCACUGAAACUUAAGUACGUUAGACUCACGUUUGCAUUUGAAUUGUGCGCCAUGUAAGAGUUUUUGUUUUGAAAGUAGGUGUAUUUUUUUACCUGAUUGCAGUGUACUUUUGAAAGUUUUUUUCUUUUUCUCUUCCCCAAGGCUGGCUGUGAUUUUUAUUGAUUUUUCUUACAUUUUUGGGAUGUACAGAAACCGAGGAUGCGAUCAUACAACUGUGUAACAGCAGGGGGAAGACCACUUCUAGUUCCCAUGGUUUGGAGGGACGCAGAGACAAAGUUACUGCCGAUUGGAAGUUUAUCCCCCUUACACCUAGACACUUCUUCUUAGAUAUACAAGGGACCAUGAGAAGUUUCUAGGUGUAGGGACUAGGGCUGUGGCGGUCAUGAAAUUUUGUCAGCUGGUCUCAUGGUAAUUGACCAUUAUUUAACAUGAACAUGUUU